ACAGUUUGCAGAUUGUCUUAUAGGAUAAACUACAGGGAUAAAGCCCUUUCUCUGCCAGUCACACACAGUGACAGAACACAGGCUCCAGGGACCAAACUGUUACUGUCAGAGAGGGAGAGAGAAGAGGAGGUAGACCUGAGCCUACAGUAAACCACUGAUAACAGGGAUUAAUUUUUCUACACCUCCAUAAAAUCCUCUCCCAGACCUCAUCAUGGAUAUUGAUUCUGUGUACCAGUAUUUAGGAUUUCAAGCACAAACCAACGAUUCAGGGACUUCAAGGGAUAAUCUAUGGCUGUACGGCGUGGGUACAUUCGUGGUUCUGUGGACGCUAGGCUGGCUGUACAGAGACAGUCUGGAAGUAGAGAACAUCAAGGAGAAGUAUGUGUUUGUGACGGGGUGUGACUCUGGCUUUGGGAACUUGCUCUGUAAGAGGCUGGACCGGCGGGGGUUCAGGGUGAUAGCUGGGUGUCUGACAGAGAAAGGGGCUGAUGAUCUGAAGAGGGCGACUGGGCCGUACCUGAAGACGGUUCUCCUAGACGUGACGAGCACCGCCAGUAUACAGAAAGCUAUGGAGUACACCAAGCAGGAGGUUGGAGAUAACGGACUGUGGGGUAUCGUGAACAACGCGGGACGCUCCCUGCCCAUGGGUCCCUCAGAGUGGAUGAGGUUGGAGGACUAUACCAGUACUCUGAAGGUCAACAUGAUGGGGGUGAUAGAGAUGACCCUCACCUUCCUGCCCCUCAUCAAACAGGCCCAGGGGAGGAUUGUCAACGUGGCCUCGGUGCUGGGUAGGGUGGCGGCUAACGGUGGGGGAUACUGCAUCUCCAAGUUCGCUGUGGAGUCCUUCUCAGACUGCCUCAGGAGGGAUAUCCACUACUUUGGGAUCAAGGUGUGCAUCAUUGAACCAGGUUUCUUUAAGACAGCGGUUACCAGUCUGGAUCCCAUUGAGAGAGAGCUGCAUCGCCUGUGGAACCAGCUCACACCUGAAGUAAAGGCCAGCUAUGGAGACAAGUACCUGGAUAAGUACAUCCAGAUCCAACGGUUGAUCAUGAAUGCAUCUUGUGACUCUGACCUGAGUAAAGUGACUAACUGCAUGGAACAUGCCUUGGUGUCUUCCUACCCCCGUACCCGCUACAGUGCCGGCUGGGACGCCAAGUUUGGAUGGAUCCCCCUCUCUUACAUGCCAUCCUGUGUCAUCGAUAUUGGGCUGAAACUGGUGAUGCCACGUCCUGCUAAGAGUGUGUAGAGUUGCAUUUAAAAUAGUUAAUUUUAUACAAUGUAGUACAAUACAUAAUGCAAUACAAUAAAAAACAGUAUAUUGUUUUGAGUUUAAACAGAAUGUAGAGUAGCAUUUCAGUGCAUUUCUUUACAAGCCUACUGUCAGUGUUUUGAAGCUAGAUUAUAUCCUAGAGUUAUGAAAGAAAACAACAUGGAAUAUUUUAAUAGUUAUGUUUGGGAACCUACUGUGCCUUUUUGUCACCAUUAUUUAUGUUGCUUAAUUUCAAGCAAUAUUUUUAACUUUACAGGCAAAAGCUUUAUUACCUACAACAAGCAGUUUGAACAUAGUCAUCGUUCAAUAAGGCUGUUAUUAUUGAACGAACUGAUGUCCAUUAUAUGAACACAAAUAAUAAAAUGAGACCAAUUCAUGAUUUUCAAA